AUGUCAAUGAAUAGCGUCUACAGAAGAGAAGAAUCAGAUGAUUUAUCAGUUGGACGUAUUCGUCGUUUAAGUACAACAGAUGCAGAAGAAGUUAUUCGUGCUCUUACAGGUGCCGAACCUCAAAAGAAAAUUUCUCCUUGGAGAAAGACAUGGGUUCCAUUACUAGCUGUUAUUACCUUUUGUACAUUCUAUAUGAUCCCAGUAUACACAUUAUAUCCUUGUGCAAGAACUUGCUUAGCGAUUCUAGUUCUCGGCGGCUUUUUAUGGGCUACUGAAAUUGUGCCAUCAUAUGUUACAGCAUAUCUCAUGCCAAUCAUGUGCGUUUGGUUUGGUGUCGGAUACGAAGAAUCUACAGGCGCAAGAAUGCCUGCAAAUAGAUUAGCUGUUGCCAUUGCAGCAAAAUUCACAGAUCCGAUUAUUUUCGUUUUCCUUGGUUCACUUGCAAUUUCUGCUGCUCUUGCAAAAUUAAAUAUCACUGAAAGAGUUUCAAAUUUUGUCCUUGCAAGAAUUUCCAACAAACCACAAACAGUCUUACUUACAUUAAUGCUCCUUAACUUUGCCACAUCCGCUUUCCUGUCGAAUAUCGCCGCAACUACAAUCUUUUUAACAUUUUCUUUACCAAUUAUUAGAACUCUUGAUCCAGAUGAUCCAUUUAUCAAGGCUAUAUUAUUCGGAUUGGCAUGGGGCGGAAACGCUGGUGGCCUACCUACAACAAUUGCUUCAUCCCAAAAUAUUCUUGCGAUUAAAUACAUCAACGAAUCAGGAACUACAUCAAUUUCAUUCAUAGAAUGGAUUGCAUUUGGUGGUCCAACAGGUUUAUGCUGCUUACUAUUCUUUUGGCUUUAUUUAAUCUGGAAAUAUAAACCAGCAUAUUCAGAAUUACAGAUUGGUGCAGAAUUACCAACAAGACUUCCUCCAUGGACAUGGAAACAUACAUUUGCAUGCCUCGUUACCGCAUUUACUAUCUUAUUAUGGGCACUUCAAGAAUCUUUCCCGAAAUUCCUCGGACAUAUCGGUAUUUCCUCACUUAUUCCGAUCGUUACUUUCUUCAGCGUCGGUAUUCUCGACUCUGAUGACUUCGGACACCUUAGAUGGUCAACAUUAUCCCUUAUGGGUGGCGGUUUGGCACUUGGUGAGGCAAUGAGGCUUUCUGGAUUGCUUAACCUUCUUGCCAAAUCAAUUACAACUGCUCUUAAGCCACUUGUAAAAUAUUAUUGGGUUAUUAUGUUGAUUUUCCUCAUCAUUGAGGCUGUUUUGGUAUCCGUUAUCAACCACACAUCAGCCGCCGCCAUUCUUUUCCCUGUUUUAAACGCAAUUGGAAACGAAAUCGGCAGACCUAACUUAAUGCUCAUCCUUUCCGCUAUGAUGAUCGGCAUGGCUCAGCUGUUUUACAUUUCCUCGUUCGCUACAGCCCUCGUUUCCGGUGUUUGCAGACAUGAAAGAGGAAAUCCACAUAAAUUGACAUCAACUCCGUUCUUGACAGGUCCAGAGUUCUUUAAAGUUGGCUGGCAAAUCGUUGUUGGUUCUAUCCUUAUCAUUGCUUCUGUUGGUUACGGUAUUGUUUACGCAUUAGAUAUAUAA